AUGAAAUUCCAAUACAAAGAAGAACAUUCUUUUGAAAAGAGAAAGACUGAAGGUGAAAAAAUACGCAGGAAAUAUCCGGAUCGUGUUCCAGUAAUUGUAGAGAAAGCACCGAAGGCUAGACUUGGGGACCUCGACAAAAAGAAGUACUUAGUACCGUCUGAUUUAACAGUUGGACAGUUUUACUUUUUAAUCAGGAAACGUAUCCACCUUCGGCCCGAGGACGCACUUUUCUUUUUCGUGAAUAACGUUAUUCCUCCUACAUCUGCUACGAUGGGCUCACUGUACCAGGAACAUCACGAUGAAGACUUUUUCUUAUACAUCGCAUUUUCUGAUGAAAAUGUGUAUGGAUAUUAA